AUGGUGGACGUGUGUGCUGGAUGCUUGACAGAGUUGAAAGAUGAACGCAGAAAUGGCCAACCUGCAAAAUGGUCGAUGGCGAACAAUAUGUGGCUAGGAAGCAUUCCAUGGCAGCUCGCGAAACUGACAUUACCUGAACAACAACUCAUCGCGUUGUUGUACCCUCGCGUGUUCACGGUGAAAUUGUAUCCGAAGAACCCAUGUAUACCAAUCAGGAAUGAGUCAUUGCAGUCCGCGUUGAAGGGAAACGUCUGUACCUUCACCCUCAAGAACUCGAGAAUCGUGGAUAUGCUCGCAGGAAAUUUAAUGCCACGACCACCUGCCGUGUUAGCUCACCUGAUAUCGAUCACGUUCAUUGGGAAGGGACAAUUACAGAAACAUCACCUUCACAAUACCUAUCGCAUGAGGCGAUCAGCAAUCGUGGACGCGCUUCGCUGGUUGAAAGUUUAUAAUCGUUAUUAUCGAGAUAUCGAAAUUGAUCAGGCGCGCGUACAAUCCCUUCUGGAGGACGAUGUACCUGAAGAGUUG